AAUUUGAAAUGAAGUCAGAACUAAAAUUUUACGAAAUCUAAUUCGGUUUGUCCGGCGUGUUAUUAUCGCGUUUGGCUGCUCUAUGACCGCAGAGCAACGCGAAACGAGCAUCGCGGCAACAAGUUGGAUUUUUCUAAAAAUGAAUACACGAAAUAUCUUCGUGUUUGGCGUUAAAUACAGACGGGCACGACAACGCACCGCAGCCACGAAUGAUAAAUACAAAAAAGAGCGAAACAGAAGAAUUUAAUUUGAUUUUCAUUUGGCCUGCUCAGCGUUAUAUUCUUCGUCUAUUGUGUGGCGGGGCGUGUUUGCUCUCUCCUACUUCUGCCUCUGCCUCCACCUCUGCCUCCGUCUGCGCCUGCGUCUCCGGCUACGGUCCAUCUAAGGAGCAUAUUUUCAAAAUGAUGCCUUUCGUGACUUUCCCGCAACUAGUUGAGUUUUGGAUGUCAACACGAGGUACACGCGCGCGAUGGCGAUGCAGCAAACCAGUCCAGUGCGAUAGAGAACGUGUGAAUCUUUGGCUACUCCUCAUUUAGGAGUCCCACUCAAUACUCAAUCCAGCAAUCAGUCUGCCUGACUCAAUGAUAAACUAGUCUAGCACUAACGAUAAAAGGAGAAAGAGCGUAACAUGGAGGAUCUGACGCGGGAGAAGGUCAUGGCCUAUGAAGCUUGUGACUACAACAGCAGCAUGAAAAACAACAAAUCACAAAUGUGCAACAGCGCAACAAGAUCGCACAAGUUGCCUCAGGUGCCGGCAAACGGCAUGAUUGCUACAAUACUGCCAUGCAUUAAGCUAGACCCGGAUGGAGGUCAGAUCGUCGAAGCGGAAGCCUGGCAGCACAUGUCAGUGACUGAUCACAUGCGCCUGGAUACAUUGAAUACCAAUAAGCUGCUGCUACAGGGAUCCGAUGAUCCAUUGAUCUCGCACGGAGCCAGCAAUGAUCCACACGAUGAAGAUCAGGACUACCCAUUCAAGACGCUGCUAGCUCGCAGAACGGAGGAGCAGCAAACAAUGCAGCAUGGCACAUGCAGCACGCUCACAAAGCAACAGCUCAAGGCUAAUCUGAUGAAUUCUAGAAAAUCCCACAGACCCAUCCCGGUGCAGGAGGUAGCCGUGGCUACGCAAAGAGCCCCCCGACAGGGUAAAUCAAAGAAACGCCCCACAUCUAAUGCAGGUGCGGUCAAAUUGCGCUUCCACCACCAGGCCUUGCCGGCAGAAUACGCUGCCCACUAUGAGGCAACGCAGAGACGCCAUUUGUCCAGCACCCGAACGGCUCCAUCUGCAGCUCCCGCCGUAAAAGUCACACAUCCGCCACAGAGCCAGUCGCACGAGAAUGUACGCAGUUGGCUGAAGAAGAUAGCCGAAAUUCAGCGGAGUGCGGAACGGCAGCAACAGGAACAGGAAGUGUGCAAGGACCUUCGAUCAGAGCAUCCAUCGGAGUCAAUACGGGUUGUCGCAACUCAGCCGCUACAGUCCGUGGUUGAGGUGUCCAGCCCAAAGCGCGGUGCCAUCAAAUACGCUGACUUGCCUUACAUGGGCGAGAUCACCUUGGAUAACUACAAGCCCCGACGAGGCCGCAAGCCAAAGAAGGCGGAUAUCUGUCAUUUGAUCUACAAAAAUUAUGGCACCAUCGUCCCAACCAACGUUCCGGCCACGUCCGCUCAGCACGGUCCACUGCUUGAGUCUAAGCUUCCAACCGGUGGAAAUGCGUCAAUACUCCCACAUCGUGUUGGGCCCAGCCCAUCUGCAGCUGCCGUUCCACUAGAGGAACCACUGAAUCUCUGUCUUCGGGAUCAAUCCAGUGAUCGUUACUCAAUCUCAAGCGGUGACAGCGAUAAACCGUCGACAGUGACAAAUGCAGCCACAUCGACUACGGAGUGUGGAAGCUACUCACAUCGUGCAACACCCUUACCAAAUGCAACAGGUUCAAUGAAUCCUAUUUCAAUUAAAUUUGCUAGGGAGAAUGAGCUCAGUGUGUCUGAGAAACUGUUGCUACAGCCUGUGGGGUUAAUCCAUCAAAAAUUCAUGGGCAACUGCCACUUGGGCGUACAAGUGGAGACCAUUGAAAAAGACAAUCAACUAUCAUUGAAAAUUCCAAUACCUAGUGGGUUCUUUGACACCAUAACCACCAUCACCACCUCACCCAACAAGCGAGAGCCGCUGGAACUGUCGAUGGACACCGUAACGCCACCUGUUAUGCGGAAACGUAAGCGAUCGGCGAUUUUUAUCCCCCCCAUACCGGCCGAGCACAGCGGCAGCCCCUCUACCGAGGUCAGCAUUUGCAAGUUUAAGUUUACGGGUGGGGCUAAGCCUAUGCUGGAGGAGAAGAAGAUGCUGUCGGUGGAUGCCGAAGGGAACUAUCGCUAUUACAAUGGCACCGGCGACAGAAACCUGCGGGGCUAUGAGUUCAUAUCACGAGAGCAACAACAACAACAGCAACAGCAGUACCAGACAUCCGCUUCAUCCAGCACCAGCAAUGAUAAACUAUAUAUUGAUAUACCCCCGCCCUCCACGGAUCUCAGCCUGGAACUGCUGCACAUACCACCAGAAUCGCCAACGUCGUCUAUUUUCUUGCCGAGCAGCCUAGUGCCAGUCGCCUCGCAAAGUCCCUCCAACUACUCCAGCUCCCAUAGUCCCAUGCAACACGCAGCGCUCCAACCCGAGGAUUGCAAUAAACAAAUGGAACCCCCUGAGCAGCUAAACAGAUCACUUGCGAGCCCAAGGCAGGUGACAACGUCAGCAGCAAAGAGGAGCCGUUCGUCGCGCCGCUCCAAGCAGCGCGAAAAACUUGAAAAGACAUUUAAGGAAAAAGGAUUUCUGAUACAAACUCAACAACUGCAAUCGGCAGAAGGUGCCACGUAUUGCAAAUUCAGACAGCUGAAGAAGUUUACGCGUUACCUUUUCCGCAACUGGAAGGACCAUAUACCGGAGAGUGAUAUUUGCAAGCAUCACCAUGGUAAGGAUGUUGUUGCUCGCGAUCAGCACAACGUUCUCGAGAAUAUACUAGUCGGGCAAAUUGGCCUAGGUGUAGAUAAUUUGGCCACAAUGCAGACUACAGCAAAGCAAGUCACAUAGUGGGUCCCGCACAAGCUUUACAGAAGUUACUACGACUCUGAAUACACUGCCAAAGAUUGAUAGAUUUAAGAAACAGCUGUCGAGAAAGAUGAUCUCGCUAGACAGCCAUUAUCUACUACAAUGUUGAUUCCGUCCAAGCUGGCUAACCUCUAAUUAAAUGCCACGCGUCAAGUCGUUCAGCAAUUUAAGCAAUGUUAUUGUUAACAAUAAAGUAAAAUUCUAGCAAGAUCACAAUUUGU